AUGGAGCUUCAACCUUUUACUCUCUGCUACCUCUUCACUAACGUCUCCUUAGCCACACUACUCUGUCUUUCACUUUCCAUCAUCACCCUCCUCACUCUCACUCUCACUCUCACUCUCAUUCUCUCCCCUCGCUGGACCUUCUUCUGCAACUGCGAAACGUGCCAAGCCUAUCUAACUUCGAGCUGGUCCAAAACCUUCGACAACCUCUGCGAUUGGUACACUCACCUCCUCCGAAACUCCCCCACAAAAACAAUCCACAUACACGUGCUCCGCAACACCAUCACCGCCAACCCCGACAACGUCGAACACAUGCUCAAAACCAGGUUCGACAAUUUCCCCAAGGGGAAACCCUUCUCCACCAUCCUCGCCGAUUUCCUCGGCCGGGGAAUCUUCAACGUCGACGGAGAAUCCUGGAGCUUCCAGAAGAAGAUGGCCAGCCUCGAACUCAGCAGCAACUCCAUACGCUCCUUCGCCUUUGAUGUUGUGAGGUUCGAAAUCCAGCACCGCCUCGUACCUCUCCUUAUGGUCAAACAAAACGAGAGCGUUUUGGACUUGCAGGACGUUUUCAAGAGAUUCUCGUUCGACAGCAUUUGCAGAUUCUCCUUCGGCUUGGACCCUAUGUGUCUGGAGCUCUCUCUGCCUAUAUCGAACUUCGCUCUCUCCUUUGACUUGGCUUCGAAGCUUUCCGCGGAGAGAGCCAUGUCGGUGUCCCCUUUGAUUUGGAAGUUGAAGAGGUUGCUGAACUUAGGGUCGGAGAAGAAGCUUCGAGAAGCGGUUAGAAUGAUAGACAUCUUAGCGAAGGAGGUGAUAAGGCAGAGAAGAAAAAAGGGGUUUUCGUCUCAGAAGGACUUGUUGUCACGCUUCAUGAGAAGCGUCAACGAUGACACAUACUUAAAAGACAUUAUAAUAAGUUUUUUAUUAGCUGGUCGGGACACUGUGGCUUCGGCUCUAACCAGCUUCUUCUGGCUAGUGGCGAAGCAUCCAGAAGUGGAAUCAGCGAUUCUUGUAGAAGCGGAGCGAGUGAUUGGAAAGGAUAAUAAGGAGAUAAGAAGCUUCGAAGACGUUCAGCAGUUGCAGUAUUUACAUGCGGCGGCGUAUGAGAGCAUGAGGUUGUACCCACCGGUUCAAUUCGAUUCCAAGUUUUGUUUGGACGAUGAUGUUUUGCCUGAUGGGAGUUUUGUGAAGAGAGGGAGUAGGGUUAGUUAUCAUGCGUAUGCGAUGGGUCGUAUGGAGGAAAUAUGGGGUUUGGAUUGUUGUGAGUUUAGGCCAGAAAGGUGGUUGAAGGAAGGGGUGUUUUGCCCUCAGAACCCGUUUAAGUAUCCGGUUUUUCAAGCGGGGAUGAGGGUGUGUUUGGGGAAAGAAAUGGCUCUCAUGGAACUCAAGAGUGUCGCAAUUUCGUUGCUUCGAAGGUUUCACAUCCAAUUACUCGAACCCUAUCAUCGCACCAACCCACGUUUCUCGCCUGGCCUCACUGCCACUUUUAGUUGCGGCCUUCCCGUAAAGCUACGUCAACGACACCACCCUCUAAAUUUAUAAUCAAUAUUCCCCAUCAGUAAAUUUAUGUGUCUUUAAUUUCAUAAAAUUCUCAUAAUCUAAUCAUCCAUAUAUACCAGAAUGUUUGCGAUUAAAUGAUACACAUAUAUGUACACUUCGGUUCUCGUUGCUAUAUUCUUGCAUAAAAACACUAUCAACGGUUAAAUUCUUAGAAACUUAUUAUGUAAAUCAUUUUUUUUGGCCCAUUAUGUAAAUCAUGUAUUUGCAGAUACGUACUUUAUUUUUUCCAAUAUAUGGUACAAAUAAGGUAUGUAUGUAGAUGAGAUUGUUUCAUGUCAGUUGAUGGGGAAAAGAAAGGGAGCCCACGUGUUUUUUGGCACACUGGUCGGUAUGCUAUAUUAUUGCGGAAUGCAAUACUAGGUGAGUGAUUGACGAGG